CCAAAAGCCUGGCAGGGGUGUCGGGCUGAUAGGCUCGCCCGGAGGAAAGCGCAUUACGUAGGCAAGCGGCUCCGCUCAACUUGCCACCUGCGCCGGGAGAGCUGCCGGGGAAGCGAGAUCCUGCCGGAGCCCCUCGCCCGCCGCUGGCCGCCCACCCGCCCUCCGCCAUGGACUGCUGCAAUGAGGGAGCCUGCACAAAGCUGGACGAGGACAUCCUGGACAUCCCUUUGGACGAUCCUGAUGCCAACGCGGCAGCUGCCAAGAUCCAGGCUAGUUUCCGUGGCCAUAUGACCCGCAAGAAGAUCAAAGGGGGCGAGAUUGAUCGGAAAACCAAGGACGCCGAGUGCGCCAACAGCACCCGCGGCGGCGACCUCCGCAACGGCGACUAGGUACUUCCCAAAUCCCACUUCUUUCCCC